CGCCAGUAAAGAACUUCGAUGCUUGCAGCAUGUCCGCAACGUUGCCACGGGCCCUGGCACUGAGACAUCAUACAGUCUCCUUCCUCACUGAACAACUUCUGUAGUUUUCCUCACAUCGGAAGACCAUAUAGACACAAGACAGUCGUUCCUCCAUUAUACGCCCCCUGUAGCCAUUGACAUGACGGGUCUUGUGCCUGUCAAAGAGAAUGACCUUACAUCUCAGGUUCGCGACAAACUGAAAUCUCCAGCAGCACGUGGAUCCUUUGGUCAGGUUUAUCACUGUACUGACAUCGAGACUGGCAAAGGCAAAGGGGAGGUUGCAGUGAAAGUCUUCUUGAUUGAUGAUCCGAGAGCAAAGGAUCCGAGAGCUAUGGAGAAAUUUAAAAAAAAAAUGGAUCGGGAACUCAAGGUGUGGCUUAGACUGGAACAUCGGACUAUCGUGCCGCUACUCGGCAUUGCACACGUCGAAUCUCCGUUGCCAGCUCUCGUUUCCCAAUGGAUGUCAUCUGGAACAUUAUGUGUCUACCUCGAAAAAGCAACCCUUACCGUUUCCGCUAAAGGUGGAUUGGUGAAGGGCGUCGCUGACGGCCUCGACUAUCUCCAUUCAAUGAAUGUCAUCCAUGGGGAUCUUCACCCCGGAAAUGUACUCAUAGAUGAUUCAGGGAAUCCAUGCCUCACUGAUUUCGGUCUCGCAGCAAUCGAAGGAGAAGGGGAGUUGCAGUUGAGUUCGACCACCGCCGCACAUAGUUUGAAUCCUCGAUGGCGGGCGCCUGAAGUCAUUGGAGUCGAAAAUGAUCCUGAAAACCCGACUUUCAUGAGUGAUAUCUAUUCUUUUGGUGGUGUCAUGCUCUUUAUCGUCUCGGGGGAUUUUCCAUGGAAAAAGAAGCAAUCAUAUCAGAUCUGCAUUGCGCUGUCGCAUAAAGCCAUACAUGCGCGACCCGAAAACAUACUCAACAAUCACUGGGAACUGAUUCAAAAGUGCUGGUCUUGGGAUCCGAGCCAUCGCCCAAGGGCCGCAGGAAUUCUUCAACAUAUUGAUCAGUUUAGGACCGAUCAUUCGCAGGAUCGACAACCCAAGUUUCCUAGGCAGGGGCUGGCGGACCUGACGGGUCAGAUCAUUGUUACAGUAAACGACUUUGUCGCUGCAGGUGACUUUGCAGUGGUUUACAAGGGUGAAUGGAAACGACCGACAGGUCCUAUCAAGGUUGCAGUGAAAGUCAUCAAGGUUCACGUAUCGGAGCUAGAUUUGCAGAGACUUCGACGCGAGGCUGAGAACUGGGCUGUCCUUGUGCACGAGAAUAUCAUUCGUCUGUUGGGGACGACAGGAUUUGGGCCAUCUCUAGCUCUUGUUCUUCCGUGGUUCCGGAGCGGCACGCUGCUCCGUCUCAUCGCGGAACAGGGUGCGGUAUUGGACAUUAAAUCGAGGCUAAAUUUGCUUCAUGAUAUUGUGUCUGGCCUUUGCCAUCUUCACGGGUUGGGUGUGGUUCACGGAGACAUUACAAGUUCUAACGUUCUGGUGGACAUCAAAGAAGGAGAAUACGUAGCGUGCCUCACAGAUAUCGGGUUGGCGACAGUUCUCGGCGGCUGUUUAGGUGACCGCACAAUCAGGGGAUCAGAUAUUCGAACUGGUGCCAUCAGGUGGACCGCGCCCGAGUUGCUCAAGGCACACGAUUCCCCUGCUGACAGUGCGCCGACCACGCAAAACGACAUGUAUUCAUUUGGUCGCGUCAUGUUUCAUGUAAUAACACUGGUCAUUCCGUGGAAUGAUAUCAGCGAUAUUGCAGUUUUUCAAAAAAUUCUUGGAGGAGAAGACAUUUCCCGUCCUGUGACAUCUGACAUGACAACCGCACGCUGGAAUGAGAUUGCGCAAUGUUGGUCAUCUGAUGCAUCUGCUCGUCCAUCUGCCAUAAUGGCCAUGGACUUCUUGAAGAGUGAACUAGAGGCUUUGGCAGACGACGAUAUGUCUGUUGACGAAGUGGUGGAAAGUUAUCGCAGCACAUCAUUUGAUGCAGAGCAAACAACUACAUCCAGUAAUGUCAUGGAUCCCACCCGCCCCAUAUCUAAGGCUGUGCAGCGUGAAAUAGGUCUACGGACUCGGGAUCACCGUGCCAGCGUUGAUACCGUAACACUACAUCCCUCCCAAGGAGGAUCCUCGAAGAGAACUACAGCAGCGCGCCCCGACACCAUCCUUGACGAUCACUACAACUCGAAUCGACAAGGCGCAGGGAAUCUCACGAGGAAUACAAAAGUCCUUGUGUCCGACCCACAUCAGCCACCACGUUUCAGUAAUGUGCAUCCAACCCACUCGAUAUCCAAGGCCGCGCAGAGUCACAGCGCCUCAGCCAAUGUCAAUACUGUAACACCCCGUACCUCCCAAGAAGAAUCCUUGAGGAGGCCAGCAGGCCACCCCGACACUAUCCUUCAAGCUGAUCACUAUAAUUCGACUCAACAGGACACAGGGAAUCUCAUGGGAAAUACAAAAGUCCCUAAGUGCACCAAUCAGCCUAGGAAUGACGACUCGCAGGCCUCCAUUCCGAAUCCAUCAUCUCUUCACGCAUUACCACUGGCAGAAGAUCUGACAGGUCAGAUCGUCUGUGCGAUAAGCGACUACUACGCUUGUGGUGCAUUUGGGAACGUUUACAGAUGUGAAUGGAGAAAGCCGUCGGGCCCCGUCAAGGUCUGGCCAAUGAGCAGUGCAGGCAUAAUUUGCUGACCAACUUUCUCAUUAUUACACUACAGGUUGCAGUAAAAUCCUUGAGGUAUCACACCUCAAAGCAGGACUUAAGGAGAUUGCGACGAGAAGCUGCAAUCUGGGCACACUUCGUCCACGACAAUAUUGUCCCACUUUAUGGAACGACCGAAGGGUUUGGGCCAACCACAGCCCUGGUCUCCCCGUGGUUUCCGGACGGCACGCUGCACCGUCUGAUCGCGGAACAGGGUGCUAC